AUGAAACAAAACAUAGCAAACAACACAUUCUACUCAGGAUCUUCAAAAAUUGUUCAUAUUUAUAAUUACGAUGUAGAAAUCAAUGGAACAACAGAUUUUAUCAAUACUGAAAAUUCUCAAACAGAAUCAUUUAAUAUUACAUUCAUUGUUUCAUCUUCAGGAAAAUGUUAUUACCCAUUGAACAUUCUUGAGCAUGGAUGCAAAAGAGAUUUAAUGACUGUUUCAAAUUUCAUUUCUUUACGCACUCGUAGUUCUGAUUCUGCGCCAUUUUUGGCAUCAUAA